AUGGAGACCGGCGAGACCGGCCCACCCCCACCAUCGGCGUCCGCGGCGACGAGCGUCCCGAUUGGGACAAAGGAGACGCAAGUCCCUAUCGCCGCCGCGACCUACGCCACCGCCGCGAUUCAAAAGACCAAGCAGACUCCCGAGCAGCAGACCCAACAACAACACCGUGCCAAGGCUUUGACCCAAAUGUUCGAAGUCAUGGGUGCUGUACCGGGCAAUCGCACCGACCGGUGGUUGCAAGCCACCUUCGCCACCGACGAGUACCCUGUCGCUACCGCUACAUCGCUCAAGUAUUCGGCUCUCAACGCCAAUCGAUCCAUUCGAAACAUCUUCGACUUUGCUCUCGACGUCACUUUGACCGUCCAAGGCGCCUCGAAGGCCUCUCCCGCGGACAAGGCCGAUCUGCUCGGUUGCGUCACGAGACUGCUCUCCCGCAAUCGCCCCUGUGCUUCGACGCCGAGGUCACCCUUCCCGAGCACCUUGCGGCGUUUGCGCCCCAGAUUAGGGGUAUCCAACACUCGUCUUUCGUCAGGGCCGGUGUGGUCAACCACCGUAUCUCCGUGGGAUUCGUUUCGGCGAAGGCACGUGACUCGGCGCUUACGGCCCCACUGGCGCUUACUUGGCACUCUGCAAAGGCUCACUUCGCAAAGGCCCACCACUUCUACCACAACAUGGUCGAGCUGCGUAUCAACGUCGGUGUCGCAGCGGUCCCAUCCAGGGAUGCCAUUGUUGACUCUUUUAAAUCAAUUGUCACCAAAAUCACAGCCAAGGGACACCGUUGCGAGCUGGUACAAGUCUUGCGCGUGAUCCACGUCGAUAACGACUCGGCCUAUGCGCACUUGGCCGGCGAGUUUUCGGCCUUUAUCCGCUUCGACGACGACGCCCUUUUCAAAGCCCCUAACAACACGCUGAAGGAGCUCCUACCGUCGAAGGUCUCUCUAGCCACUAGAGGCAACAUGCAUACGGCGGUUCGUCACGACUACGAACGAGAAGCGGCCUGUGCUCGGUGCCACUUUGUGGGGCAUGUGGAGACCUGCGCGCUGGAACAGGAGAGGAGGCAGAAGGAAGCGAACAACAACACCGGAAGGCACAACAAGUACCACAACAACCCAACCAACACCAACAACAACAACAACGACACCACCAACACCAACAACACCGACAACGACGCUUCCGAGGUUGUGGCCCCUAGCCGCGCCCUCGGAACCGACCAACUCGAAUCGCGGAACCGAUUUGCGGGGCUCGAGGUCGAAGGAGGACAGGAGGAUGACGUCGAGGAGGAGGAUGCAGGAAAGGAGGGCGAGGAAAAGGAGCAGGUCGAAGAAGGAGAAGAGGAUACGGGCGCCAAGGCGGACGACGAGGAUUCGGACUCGGAUGGGAACGCCGGAGCGGGCAUCGACAAGGCGGGAGGCGACGACAAGGACGACGACAAGGACGACGACGAGGACGAACAGGACGACAGCUCGGAGGGAAGCGAACAAAGGGAGGACGAAGGAAACGAUGGGGAUGACGUGAUGAAAGAUGGAGCAGAGGAGGAGGACGAAGGGACGGAGACGGAGGUGGAAGAAGAGGUCGAGCAGGAACAGGGGGUACAGGACGACAGCAUCAUGAUCAUCGACGACGACCAAACGACGAUCACCACGGUUUCCCGCGAGUCGACUCCUCGGAGUCCCUCGUGGCCUCCACUAUCUCCUGAGACGUUGGCAAAGUCGCUGCGCGAGGGUGCGGAGUGGGACCGAGCUAACGCCGAAGCUGCUGCACGUGUCCAAGCAGAAAAGGAGGCGAUCAUCAACGCCCAACUCGACGCGGAGGAACCGCUCGUUCGCCACCAAUUUGCAGAGUGGGGUCAGGAAGAUGGACAACUGCGAUUCAUCAACAUUCGUGGCACCGGCUCCGGGUCGAACAAGAAGAUGAAGAGGUCGCAAACGGUGGCCGAUCUCAGCGAUCCGAGCGACGACCCGGUCGAUAUCAAGCGCGUUCUGAACAGGGUCAAAGGUCGAGCAGGAAAGGAGGUAGCGGGUCAGGGGAAGAGGGUGACGAGGUCGAUGUCGGCGGCGGCGGCGAUGCAGGUCGAGGGGGCCAAGGCGAAAGCGGAGAAGGGUAAAGGGGUGGAGGAGGAGAAGCGCUGGUCCGACCACGAGCCCGAGGAUGACAUUCUCCCCGAAUUCCCACUCUUUGAGGACGACACUACCGCCAAGAGCACGUCUACAUCGUCUAUCCAAUAAUGAUCAAGCACACCAUCACCAGCUGGAACGUGAGGAGGUGCAUGGGGAUCCCGGAAAAGCGACGCAACAUUUACACCUAUUUAUCAACAUUCAAAGCAUCCGCCAUUCUACUACAAGAACACUUCAUCAAACCGGAACUCUGGCAAUGUAUCAAGGACGAGUACGAGGGCAAGGUCUUCAUCAGCAAACACUGUCUGACUCUGAUCCCCGCCGACUCGCCCCUGAUCGACGCCGAGAUUUUGCGCACCCACUCGGCACUCGACGGACGAAUCCUGGUCACCUCCUUUCGACUUCGAGGCGACAUCCGGAUACUCGAGAUCAACAACAUUUACGCACCAGUCGAUACAAAACAACGACUCACAUUCUUUGACAAACUACAUUUCCACAGGACGCAGAGCACCCACCUUCGACUCCUCGGCGGCGAUCUCAACGACUGCCCGCUGCCGGCGAUCGAUCGGCGGAACCAAGGUCGGCACGGCCAUCACUGGCCGAUCCUGAUCGGCAAGCUCGACUCGCCCUACACCGACUGCAUACGAUUCAAACACCCGCUCACACCAUCUUUCACUCGACCCAACAUCGUCCGCAAGCGACCAAAGUCCUUUUCACGACUUGACUACUUCCUUCUGCAGCGCACCCACCAAAAGCGACUCGUCCAAGCCUCGACGAUCUACGACCACCCCAAGGACCUUUCGGAUCACCGACCGGUCUCGAUCGUCCUAGUUCUCUCGGACGAGCGAGGAGACGCGGCUCAACCCAACAAUAGUUUACCAACGACAUCAAACCAAUUACAUCGUAUCAACGCGGCGACCUUCAAGACGGCGGAGUUCCAGGGGAUGUUGGAAGGAUGGUUGGAAGGAGCGAGUGGGGAGGAACCGGUGGGGGAGCUCGAGGUGGUGCUGGGGAACUGCGCGAAGGAGGGUCGGGAGCUGGCGAGGAGGGAGCAUCGGGAGCGGGUGGAGCGGAUGGCGGUCUUGGUGGGAAGGGUGCAGGAUCUGGAGGCGUUGCCGGUGAUGGGGGACGAGGAGACGGCCGAAUGGACGCGGACGACGGAGGAACUUAGGCGAGCGGUCAACGAGCGCGCGCGCCAACUUCGGAUCCGAGCCCACGUACCCGAAAUCGCUACCGAGGAACGACUGUCGCGGCCGGUCCACGCCAAGCUCGCGGCACGGAGUUCGGAUUCCAAGAUCACAGCACUGCGAUUGCCCAACGGAGAGCUGACACAUGACAUUGACGUCGCGCUUGACCACACACAGGCGCACUUUCAGCGCCUCUACGAUCUCGAGCCGCGCGAUCGGGACCACGUCGAGCGACUUAGGGACGAUUUCUUGGCGCCGAUCAGGUCGGCGCGCACUUGCGAUGACCCGAGCUCGGACCCGCUCUUUCUGCGACGACUCUCGGAAGCGCACAUCGAGCUGCUGCAGCAACCCAUCACCGAGGACGAGGUCGUAGCCGCAAUCGCAACAACACACCCCGGUCGAUCGCCGGGUCCAUCUGGCGUGCCCUACGAGCUCUAUCACACAGCGCCGCGGGCGUGGGCCAAGGCGCUGAGCAGGGCCUUCAACGCGAUGACCGAGCGCGGCUCGCUUUCACCGAAGCAGGGGCAAGGACUCGCUCGCCUGCUCUUCAAGCACCACAAGAUCGGGGCCGAUCGCGCCGAGCUCUCGUCGUACCGGCCCAUCACCUUGCGCGAGUGCGACUACAAGCUCUUCACCAAGGUCUACGUUGCGCGACUCAACCACGUGCUGCCGGACCUGCUCCCACCGCAACAGCACGGCUUCGUCAAGGGCCGCCGAUCGGCGGACGCGUCAUUCCACCUGCGACUCUUGAUCGAAGAGCUGGGCGCGCGCGGCACCGAGUUCCCUGACGCGGCGCUCUUGUCUCUUGACCAAUCGUCGGCUUACGACCUCGUCGAGCACGAAUGGAUCUUCGCCAUCUUCGACGCUCUCGGCGCUCCUGCCGCCUUCCAACGCGUUCUGAGGAUGCUCUACUCGGGUGACUCAACCACGGCGCGAUAUAUCAUCAACGGCUUCUUGACUCCGCCGGUGCGGCUGACGUGUGGGCUCGGCCAAGGGGACCCGGCGUCGUCGUCGGUCUGGGAUGUCGUGUUCCAGCCGUUCCUGGAUGCUCUGCACCGUCGAGGCAUCGCGCUGAACCUCUCGCUUCCUACCAUUCACCCCUACCCACAGAGCCGCGCCAUUACAUCCCUUGCGUUUGCCGAUGACGUCGUCGUCGCCGUCGCGGGCUCGGAGUCACUCAACUUGCUCGACGACCUGGCGCUCGACUGGAGGCUCGCAACCAAUGGCCGGCUCAACACCGACAAGACCGUCGUACUACCCAUCGGGUGUCGCUGGGAGGCUGGCGAUCGUCCGCUCGUCGUCAAGGCCGAGGGCGAGUCGCUCGAGUGGAUCGGCCUAUCUUUCGACCCCACCGGCAACACCGAACUCGCCAACGUGAAUCUCGUCGCACGGCUCGAAGCGGUGCUCGAUUCGGCACGGGACCGAGGGCUCACACACCACACCCGAGCGUUCUACGUCAACCGAUACGCCAUUCCCAAGAUUCUGCACAUCCUCUCCGCCGACAUCCCACCGCUCGAGGUCGUCAAGGAGCUUGAUCGCAUUCUCGCCGACUUUGUCCGCGGCGGCAAGAGGAGGUCGUGCUAUGGCAAGGACGUCGUCUUCACACCGAGGUUCAAGGGGGGUCUUGGGGUCAUGCGGAUGCAGGACGUCGUCGACUCGGUUGCGGCACGCGUCUGGGACGUGCUUCUUGGCGGUUCGGAUGCGAUCUGGCAGGGACUUGCGCGCGCGGCGAUUGUACGAGCCCAUCCCGCCCCCGACUUUGACUUGGCAACCGAUGCGUGGCCUUGCGACUACACUCCGAUCCGAACCGAUCUACACCCAAGAUGGCAGGCCGUGCUGAAGGUACCAUCGACGCACAAUGCGCAAGUCAAGCCGAGGACGUUGACGCUCGCGAACCUUCUCGCUCUUCCGAUCAAGUUGCACACCCUUCACUACCUACCGGGAGCACCAGCUGUGUCGCGACCACCCUACGACGCCGACUAUGCUGCGUUUGCCAUUUACGCCAAGGUAGCGGACCUGUUUCGACGCGAGCUGUACCCGGGCGGGGGCUUUCAUCUCUGGACGCCGCCGACGGAUGUGGUCGUCAGCAACAGCGAAUACGAUCAACGGGGCCGCCCACAACGAGAGCACAUCGUGGCAUGGUACCGACAUGCGAUCAAUCGAUUGAGGUUCACACCAAUAGCUCAACCGGUGGCGGCAGUACGAAUCAACGGGCCUCCCCGAGUCCGCCCCACCACGCCGCUCGAGUCGAUCCUGCCCCAUCCGAUCGACCCGCCGCAGCGCCUUCCGAGACCGGCUCUCCCAGACCAAUCAACACAAUACAACUUGCUCAGCAUGGAUCGGCCAUACACCAUCCGUCGCGUCCGCCGAGUCUUGAAUGCAAAGGCCUUCACCGACACGAUCGGUUUCAGGGACUCGCUGCAGCCCGACGAUCUCAAGGGAUUCUGGAAGGGGGUCAACUCGAAGGCAUUGACGGCGAGGGAACGCGAGGUGUGGUUCAAGCUCGUCAGGAACUUCACCCCGACUCGGAGUCUGCAGUUUCAUCAAAAGCACGACGACUCGCCCGCGUGCCUCGUCUGUGGAGCGCCCAAGGACGAUCGGGAGCACUACUUCUUCGACUGCGUUGACUCUAGGAACGUUUGGAUCGCGGCAAGGGGCGUGCUCUGCGAAGCACUGGGGCUCGACACGAUCGACAACACGCAUUACACGGCCGUUCAACGCAUGUUCGGACUUCCGAAGCUCAAGGCCAGUCUGCGCGAUCAGGAAGGAGCGGGGAGGACGAUCGAAAUAUUGACCGGGCUGGUCUUGGAGAUGAUCAGCAGCGGGAGGUGGGGGAUGCAGAAUUGGGGGACGAGGCUGGAGGGUGUUGGGAGGAGGAGGAUCAUCUUGGAGGAGAGGUUGAAGCUGAGGGCGGGAGGAGCUUGGGGGAGGAGAGGGCAGUAG